GUGUGGGUGAGGGUGUUCCACACUGAUAUUGUUAUCUUCAACUUCACUUCGUAUUCAGACAAACAUAAACCAAGCCUGUCUUAUCACCUAAAACUAUACACUCUGGAUGGUGCCUAUAAUAGUGUCUGAUACAUAUGUCCGAUAAAACAGUUUGAGUGUUUUGGACAGAGGCAAGUUUAGAACUUUGAAUAUGGCAAUUAAAGAAGAUCAAGAAUGAGGAAGUGUGAAUGUAAAAAAUCCCCAUGAGAAAACAAAAGACAAAAGACAAAAGACAACAGUCACCAGAUCGGAGAGCAGACUCAGACACAUAAGAAGUGACAUCGGAGCAGACAGUGAUGAUGCUUCUCCUGCUACUGCUGCUGGCUCCUCAGGCCUCUGUAGCCCAGCCUGGAGUGAAAUUAAUGAUGUCAUCUAAAGGGCUUGACUAUGUGACAAAUGUAAUCACAGGCUGGGCACAAGAGAAACUACUCACCACAGACAUUCCACAAAUUUCAGGAAAAGUGAACAUUGGAAUUGGGUCUGUUUACUAUGUCGUUUACGAUAUGAAGGUGGUUAAGGUUGAUUAUCCACAGCCAAGUGUUAAGUUUGAGGAGAACGCUGGACUCCACAUGGAACUUUGUGGACUGAGUAUAGCUGUAACAGCGGAAUGGAGAACUAAAUACGGACUCAUUAAGGAUGGAGGCACAUUGGACUUGGCGUUGUUUGAUGUUUGUGUAGAGUCACUGCUACAGCUGGGGAAAGAUGACCAAGCACGUUUAUCUGUCAGCACCCUGACAUGUAAAGCACAAGUUGGCAGAGUAUACACAAAGUUUCAUGGAGGAGCCGGCAUCCUCAUCCAAGCCUUUAUGGAUUUGUUUCCUGGCCACAUUAAGGCAAUGACUGAAAACGCAAUCUGCCCUCUUUUGGAAAAGGAAAUUGUAAACCUGGAGGGAGUUUUAGCAGCCAUGAAUGUCACCUAUCAUGUUGAUCCCAGCCUGAUCCUGAACAAUUCUCUCACAAGUGAUCCAGUCAUACAGACCUCUGACAUGGAAGUGGAUUUCAAAGGUGUUUUUUACAGUGAGUGGAACCCCAUGGAACCUCCAUUCCCUUCAAAGGACUUCAUGCUGCCAUGUGAAACAGGUCACAUGUUCACCCUGGGCAUCUCCCAGUUCUGUCUCAACUCCUAUGCCUACGCCUGCCUCACAGCUGGGCUCCUCCAGAUCAAUGUUACAGACAGCAUGAUUCCUCAAAAGUCUCCUGUGCGGCUCAAUACCAGCUAUUUUGGCCCAUUCAUCCCACAGCUGCCCAAGAUGUUCCCCAACAUGCUGAUGAAGCUCCAGGUGUUUGCCGAUGAGGCUCCAGCUGUUUCCCUCCAGAUGGACUCAUUGUCUCUGCUCUUGUCUGCAGCAGUCAAAGCCUAUGCCAUUGACAAUACCACCACCCUCCAUCCCCUGUUCACACUCAACCUGACAACUCAAUUCAGUGGCAAACUAAACAUUGCCAAUGAGAAGCUGAUGGGGAAAAUGGGGUUUGAUAACUUGACCUUAUCUCUGGCAUCAAGUGAGAUUGGGACUUUCCAGACUACGACCUUGAAGAAUGUUGCAAUCAUGGGGAUGAAGAAUGGUUUUCUUCCAAAACUGAAUGAGAUGCUUCAGAGAGGGUUUCCUCUCCCUUUGAUGAAAGGUGUGGCAUUGGUGAAGACAGUUUUGCAGGUGCAGAAGGGAUUCUUGGCUGUGUUCAGUGAUGUGCAGAUCAGCCCUCCCUUAUACACUGAGGAGGAACUUUAAGGAGAACCAAAAAGGCAUUCAAGAUAAUCCUUCAUUUCACGAUAUAGCUCAGAGUGAAGAGCGGAAGAGUACCUUUAGUAUUGUAUUAUACAAUUAUAUUGCUUUCCCAUUUCAUGAGUUUGAACUACUCUUACUCUUUCUCCAUAUCCUAAAUAUCUACACUAAUUUUCCUUGAAAAAUUGCUAAAUCAAAGCACAAAGAAUCAUGACAAAAUGUCUCAUAUUGCUGUAAUCAUGUGACAGAAAUAGCAAACAAUAAUAAAUAACCUUUGAAGCUGAUUGGUGAGAAGCAAA